AUGUCUGAAAUGGAUAUUUCUACAAUUGAUUGUGAGAACAAAAAAACUGUCAGUUUUAUUUUAUUUUGAAUCAAAAAAAAAAUUCAGAUUUUUCAGACAACAAUAACCGAUAUUCCGCUUGAAAUCCUUGAGAAAAUUUACACAUAUUUGGAAUCAAUCGAUAUUGUCAGAUUUCGAAGUGUUUCGAAACAAAUUCAAGAAUUUCUAGACUCCCUUGAUAAAACAGAAAGGUCAGUAAACAAAUCUUCUUAUUCCUAUCGAGUUAGAAAAAGUUCUGAAUUUCAGGAAAACUUAUUUUCAACCUUCAAUAAAAAAAUGUGUUUUUUUUUCAGUUUGAAUGACUCCAAUGUUAUUUCCGUUGGUCUAUUUGGUAUAAAAAAUAACAACAUUGAAGUUAUGAAUGACUACAUUCCGAAAUACAAGCGCGAUCCAGUGAAAUACCCUCCAAAAGCUUUUGCCAUUUUUCCAAUCACCGGAAUUCGUCAACUCAAUUGGUAUCGACCAAUUUGGUUAACAUAUGAGAAUUCAACAAUUCUCGAAUCAUCCUUGGAUUUAACAGAUUUUUUGGAAAAUGUUCAAUUAUUAACGAUCAACAAUAUCCUAAACACCACCGACCCAAUUGUUCGAGAAAGAAGAUUGGAGAAUUUUUGCGUCAAACUUCAAAAUAUGCUAAAUAUGGGAACCUUCUAUUGCGAUGAUGAGAAUCUGACAGAGGAAGAGCUCGUUAAAAUUAUUCAGAGUCUCAAAUACAAUCCAACUUUCAAUUGGCGUGGUCCCGAUUCGAUCUGGUUGACUUUGAAUGGAAAUAUCCCAUUUUACAAAAAAUCGAUAUUGUCAACAAUUUUGCAUAAGACACAAAAAUUCGGUUAUGUAUACAUUGAUAGUGAUCAUGCGAUUGAUCGAGAUUUUGACGAGGCUGAUUAUGAGGGAAUCGAAAUGUUCUUGAAAACUAAGGUUUGUUGGGUUUGCGAAUUUUAAAAUUCAACUAUUUUUUUAAUACAUUUUUUCAGAGACCUGGUUCUGAUUGUACAAAAGUGCUGAAUCUCAAGAUGUGCCCAGAAUCAGUUUGUGAUAAAUUGAUUGAAUUAUCACACAAAUGGUUUGGACAUGGUGAAACAGAACCUGGAAUAAUUAAAAAUGGACAAAACACUCUAAUUUUCUGUGAUAACGAUGAUUGA